CGACGGACGUUAAUUGCAGACGGACUGCAGGGGGAAACAUUUGUGUGGCGGACAGCUCCGACUGCAAGAGGCUAACAAAUCAAACAUGAAACAAAUUAGGAAUUUAACUCAACUCUUUUCGUCUCCCAAAUGUUGGACACCUUUCAGGUGUUUACAAGUCAGAUUGUUCUGUAAUUCAACCGGCAGUGUAGUUAGUGCAAGGGAAAAGCGGGGAAGAUCGGAUCAUUUCAAGACUCGAAUAACUUCCGGUCCAGGUUUUCAUGAUUUCAUCCGAGAACUCCCUGGUCAUGAAACCACAUCAACUUUAUACAAAGAAGUAGAAUACCAACACGAGUAUCUUUCUGCUGACUUGGAGCUGGGGAAUGCACGAAAGGUCUAUUUUGAAACCUAUGGAUGUCAGAUGAAUGUCAAUGACACGGACAUUGCCUGGUCCAUACUACAGAGGAGCGGAUAUCAACGCACGGGACAUUUACGCGAGGCAGAUGUGGUCCUUCUUGUAACGUGCUCCAUCAGAGAAAAAGCCGAACAAACCAUCUGGAACAGACUGCAAGAGCUGACAGCCAUGAAGAAUAAGCGCCGUAGGAGUCCAACGCCAAUGAAAAUUGGCAUCUUAGGUUGCAUGGCUGAGAGAUUGAAGAAGGAGCUUUUGGAACGAGAGAAGCUCGUGGAUGUCCUGGCCGGGCCAGACGCCUACCGGGAUCUUCCCCGUCUGUUGGCGGUGGCCGAGGGAGGUCAACAGGCAAGCAACGUGCUGCUUUCGUUGGAGGAGACCUACGCUGACAUCAUGCCCGUCCACCACUCUCCUCGGGGACGCAGUGCCUUUGUGUCCAUCAUGCGGGGCUGUGACAAUAUGUGCACUUACUGUAUUGUUCCCUUCACCCGGGGCCGCGAAAGGAGUCGACCUGCCAGCUCUAUUCUCGAGGAAGUCCGUAUCCUCUCUGAUCAGGCAUUGAAGGAAGUGACAUUGCUCGGUCAGAAUGUCAACAGCUACCGAGACACUUCUGAUGAGACGUUCUGCGGUGCCAUUCCGACCAGGCUGAGUCGCGGCUUUAAGACCGUGUACCGCCCAAAAUUGGGAGGCAUGCGUUUCUCUGAGCUGCUGGACAGAGUGUCGCAGGUCGAUCCCGACAUGAGGAUCCGAUUCACGUCACCUCAUCCGAAGGACUUUCCUGAUGAGGUUUUGCAUCUGAUUGCGGAGCGAGAAAACAUUUGUAAGCAGAUCCAUCUACCAGCUCAGAGUGGGAGCAGUCAAGUCUUGAAAGCCAUGCGCCGGGGGUACACGAGGGAGACAUACCUUGAAUUGGUGCAGAACAUCAGGAAUGUCAUUCAAGGCGUAAGUCUCAGCAGUGACUUCAUCUCGGGCUUUUGUGGCGAGACGGAAGACGAUCACCGGCAGACCUUGUCUCUCAUCAGAGAAGUAGGCUACAACAUCGGAUUCCUUUUUGCCUACAGCAUGAGAAAGAAAACCCAUGCGUUCCAUAACCUUCAAGAUGACGUGCCGGUGGAUGUGAAGCAACGUCGGCUGGCGGAGUGCAUCGCUGUGUUCAGACGGGAAGCUGCGAGGGUCAACGCCGCUCUCGUUGGCAGCACGCAACUUGUCAUGGUGGAGGGGGAGAGUAAGAGAUCUGCCAAGGAGCUGUGCGGCAGAACAGAUGGCAAUAUGAAAGUGAUCUUCCCAAGGGAGGAUGUUGCUGUUCAUCCUGCCGACUCCAAGGCGGCUGCAAUCAAUGUUGGAGACUACGUGCUAGUGAAGAUCACGUCGGCCAGCUCGCAGAGUUUGAGAGGUCAAGCCUUGUGUCACAGACAUCCCUUGAUCCAGUCGGCGCUUCCGUCCAGCCAUUCAUACGAACAUUUGCCCCGCCAUCCGUGACUGCCGCACGCCCCUUCCCGUGAUGGCCGCUCUUGACAAGUCAGGAAACAAACGACGAUCUUGUCGCAAAGGUACUUCAACUAUCCUGGUCACUUUUGGACCACUGAGUCCCUGUUGAUCUCGUUUUGGAUUGUAUUCGGUUUGUGUUGCGCAAGUUUCAGAAAUUUACUCGAUGACAAUGGCUACUAUUAA